CCCAAAUUUUCACCUCACUUCGCAGCCUUUCUUUCUCAUUCGUCAGUCGCAACCAAAAGAAAUUGUAUAUUUUCUCACUUUCUAACCUUGAAAAUAAUUUUCCCGAGAAAAUCAAAACCAAACAGCAAAUAAUGGACUCGACGCCAGUGAACUGGGAAGCUCUAGACAGACUCAUACUAGAUUUUGCAAAAUCAGAGAAUUUAAUCGACGACUCCGCUUCAACAUCAAUAAUAUCCUCUCCAUCCUCUUCUCCUCCAAGUUUCUCUUCCUCUUAUCAAUCACGAUUCAUCAUUCGCCAGAUCAGACGGUUCUUAGAGUCCGGUGACAUUGACUCUUCUCUUCAUCUUCUCCGCUCCCACGCUCCUUUUAUUCUCGAUGAUCAUCGUCUCCUGUUUCGCUUACAGAAACAGAAAUUUAUGGAGUUAUUAAGGAGAGGAACGGACGAGGCGAGGGAUUCUGCUAUUGAAUGCACAAGGACGGCUCUCGCUCCAUGUGCACUUGAUGCGUAUCCGGAAGCAUAUGAGGAAUUUAAGCAUGUUCUCCUUGCCUUUAUAUACGACAAAGAUGAUCAAAAUUCUCCUGUGGCAAAUGAGUGGUCUGAAAGGAGGAGGUUUGAAAUUGCUGGAUUAAUGUCCUCAGUCUUAAGAGCUCAUUUACAGGCAUAUGAUCCAGUCUUUUCUAUGACAUUAAGAUAUUUAAUAAGCAUACACAAGGGGUUUUGCAUUCGUCAAGGUAUUUCAUCACCCAUUUCAGAUCUUACUGAAAGGUUGCUCCUUGAAGAGCGUGAUCCUCCUGCUGUUCCACAAGAGAGUUUUUAUGAAGCACCUCCAUUUGAUGAGGUGGACAUACAAGCACUUGCACAUGCCGUGGAGCUUACGAGACAAGGGGCAAUUGACAGCUUGAGAUUUGCUAAGGGAGACCUGUUUCAGGCAUUCCAGAAUGAGCUAUGUCGGAUGAAGGUGGAUGUUUCAAUGCUUGAUGAGCUUGUUCAUGAGUAUUGUGUCUACAGGGGUAUUGUCGAUUCUGGUCUUGCAUUGCCUUCUGUACCAGGAUUAAAAACCCUCGCCGAGCCUUUAAAAGUUGGUCAAUCAGAGCCGGGCUAUUGUUCCUCAAGGAACUACUCUUUUGAGGGUGACAAUACUAACAGUAAACAUUCAGAUGGUGAAACUUCUGUAAGCAAUGCUCAUAUGAAUGGCUCUCCUGAGGAUAGUGUGGAUGUGAAUAGCAUACAAGGAACUGAUGUUGAGUUAAGAUAUGCUUGUGAAUCAACAAACUGUUAUGAGGAUUGCAGCACCAGCGGAUCACAUCAAGCAGGAAUUUCCAAAGUUCUCCAAAGAAACAGAAAUUAUACAACUGGAGAAAGGAGCAAACGCAAGCGAUGGAGGGGGAGGCAAGAUGACGAAGACUAUAAGCAAGAUGUUAAUGCCACCAGUACAAAUUUAUCCAGGGAACAACAGAAUAUUUAUCUGCAGGGCCUGGAAAAGCAUCCUUCAGCAGACAUAAAGAGUAGAGAUGAUAAAUAUGAGAUUGUACUUGGGAUGAAGGAACUGGCAGGUAGAGGAAUGGCAGCAGAGGUCGUGGAAGAAGUUACUGCUUUGGAUCCAAACUUUUUUCUGCAAAAUCAUAUCUUGCUCUUCCAGUUGAAACAAGUUGAAUUCCUUAAACUGGUUAGCUCUGGUGAUCAUUCAAGUGCUCUAAGGGUUGCAAGCUCACACUUAGGGCCCAUAGCAUCAAGAGAUCCUUCUUUGUUGAAGCCCUUGAAGGAGACUUUGUUGGCAUUGCUCUGGCCUAAUGAAGAUGCCCUUGGAAAAGGGUUGCCUUUACAUGCUCUUUCAACUUCUCUUCAGUUUGCGAUAGGUCGGAAGCUUGGUGUUGAAGAACCGCAGCUUAUGAAGCUGAUGAGAGCAACCCUCCAAACUCACAAUGAGUGGUUUAAACUUCAAAUGUGCAAAGAUCGUUUUGAAAGUCUUCUAAGGAUUGAUUCUUUGAAAGAUGUUAAUACUCCCUUGAUUUCUGCUUGUUCCAUGUCGAAGUCAAAUGCUGAUAGCUGCACCCAUGGAUCCUCCCAAGUUACAAUAUCUUCCAGCACUAGGGUUUCAGAAGAUGGUAGCAGCGCAACUCAAGAGUCAUCUAGAGAUGUUUGUGAUGAAAAUGCAAUACUAAAAGUUAUGGAAUUUCUUGCGCUGCCAAGGGCUGAUGCUAUCCAUCUUCUUGCACAGUACAAUGGAAAUGCGGAGACUGUCAUCCAGCAAAUAUUCGCUUAGUUUGGGAUUGAAAACUGUAUUGAUAACUGAUAAAUUCGUUUUUUGACUUAGAAACGUUUUUUUUUAUUCAUUCUGUGACAUAGAAGUUGAUAUUCAAUCACUUGCACAAGGAAGGCCAUAAUAACCAUCCACCGAACAGCGGCCUACUUUCUUGAUUUCUGUAUACUUCGGUCGUGAUUUUCUUGUCAGAAAGCAAAGCUUAAAAGAUUAUAAUAUCACCCCUGAUUUGAGUGUGUGGUGGUUAUGAA